AUGCUCGCUAUAUACAAUCCGUAUGCCAUCGCAGCGAUCAGUGCUUUGGGCGGCUUUCUGUUUGGUACAGACAUCUCAUCUGUCUCUGCUUUUUUAAACGUCGAUUCAUACCUAAUCUACUUCGACCAUCCCAAUGACACUACCCAAGGUGGUAUAACGGCGGCUAUGCCCGCGGGCGCAUUCCUCGGUGCCCUCGUCGCUGGUCCCGUAUCUAAUCGUCUGGGACGCAAGAAGUCUAUCAUUCUUUCCACAUUAUGCUGGACUAUCGGGUGUAUCCUCAGUUGCGCCGCUCAAAACGUUGCGAUGCUCGUCGUUGGAAGACUUAUCAAAGGUAUCUGUGUUGGAUGGACGUCGGGUCAAAUUCCCGUAUACCUUGCGGAACAAUCGCCUAGGGCUAUCCGCGGUCGUCUUGUUGGUACUCAGCAAAUUGCAAUCACCGUUGGCAUCCUUGUGAUGUUCUAUGUCAGUUAUGGUUGCAGCUUCAUAAAUGGUGUCGGAGCCUUUCGACUGGCAUGGGGUCUACAGAUUGUUCCUGGCGCUCUCCUUGGUCUUCUUAUGCCCCUGUGUCCCGAGUCUUGUCGCUGGCUUGCGGCCCGCGGUCGCAUGGAGGAAGCAGAACAAGUCAUUGCGAAGAUACACAAUCUGCCCAUCGAUUCGGCUGAGGUACAACUGCAAAUAGACGAGAUCCGCGAAGCCAUACGUAUCGAAAAGGAAUCCGCCGAGAUCGGAUAUGUCGACUUGUUCAAGAAGAAGCUCCUGUCCCGAACCAUCGCCGGCAUGGCCUGUCAACUCUGGAGGGAUCUGUGUGGCGUGAACGUUAUGAUGUACUACGUCGUUUAUGUCUUCCAGAUGGCCGGCCUCACGGGAAACACAAAUCUGAUUUCCUCGUCAAUCCAAUACGUGAUAAAUUUCGCCAUGACGAUCCCAGCCCUCAUAUGGGUCGAUAAAUGGGGCCGUCGGCCAACCCUCCUCGUAGGAUCUGCCCUCAUGGCGGCAUUUCUUUUUGCAACGGCCGGUUUACUCGCCAAUUACGGCCACUACGUUGACAGUGUCGAUGGCAACGCGAAUGUUCGAUGGUCUGUUUCCGGUCCACCGUCCAAAGGCGUCAUCGCAUGCAGCUACCUUUUCGUGGCUUCUUUUGCGAUAACAUGGGGGCCGGUCUCUUGGAUUUAUGUUUCAGAGAUAUUUCCUCGCCCCGUACGAGCACAAGGGUCUGGUCUUGCAACGGCGACCAACUGGAUCAUGAAUUUUGCUCUGUCCUUCUUCGUUCCUCCAGCUUUCAAAGACAUCCAGUGGAAAACGUACCUCGUAUUUGGAACUUUCUGUGUCGCUUCAUUCAUUCAAGUGUUUUUCACCUUUCAUGAAACAAAAGGCCGUACCUUGGAAGAAAUAUCGACACUGUUUGAAACUUCAGUCACGCCAUUCAGCAAGGUCACGAUUGCUCCGUCAUCGCACGACUCUUCCCAUCACGAUUCCAAGGAAAUGGUAUCGACUUCAGAAUAA